AUGAAAUUUUUAACAUUUUUAGUUUUAAUAUUAGUUUCAGUAAAUAAUUUUUAUUUAUCUAGUGGUGAAUCAGUAAUUUCAAUAAAGACAUUCCAAUAUGAUCAAUAUCGUUGUAGAGAUUCUGAUUCCAGUGGUUUAGGACCAAUGUCAACAGGUAGUUUUGCAACAGACGAAAGAAUGUUAAAUUUAGGUAAUAUUGAUGGUGGUAAUUCUCAAUCUGCAAGUUGGUCAUCAUCAAUUCAAGAUUGUGAUAACAGUGAAAUUGAAAAUGAAUUAUUCGUUGUAGUCGGUGAGUGCCUUUUAAUGGAUAAUGAUAAUUAUUAUUAUUACAUCUACAGAGUAGAUUAUGCCAAUGGUACAAUUUCAAAAACUGCAUAUACAGAAGAUAGAUGCCAAACCUUUUACAGUAUUGAACAUUUUAAAAUUGAUGAAUGUGUAAUGGAUUGUAAAUUAUCAGGGUCAUAUAUAUAUACUAUUAUUGAUUCGUCAGAAAUUGUAAUUCCAAAAGAUACAUUAGUUGUAUUUGAUUAUACAGGAGAAUGUGGUGGUAAUUGGAAACAAACAUUUACAACAAUUAGAUAUACACCAAUUAAUAGAUGCUUAUUAACUAGUGAAAGUACAGCAUAUCAAGUAACUUGUAAUUCUACAAACUUUGAUCAAUACUACUCUCACAAUCAAAACAAUUGUAUUAGAUAUACCUAUUCCGAAUUUUUUAAAACCGGUGUCCAAUAUUGUCAAGAAUUUAAUCAACAAGUAUUUUGUAAUCUUUAA